UCCGACGGCCAGAGUGAAAGUUGCCUCCGCUCGGUGAAGCCGGCCGGGACUCCUCAGUUUCUUCCGAGCCGGAGAGAGGACAUGAGGCGGAAGGAGAAGCGGUUGCUGCAGGUCGCCGGGCUGCUCGUCGCGGCUCUCCUGUUCCUGCCCAACGUCGGGCUCUGGUCCCUCUACCGGGACCGGGUGUUCGAGAACUCGCCCGACGCGGCGGACGGCGGUCCGGGCGGCGGGGGCGGCGCCGUCCUCCGGACGCAGGGCUCGAACCAGGUGAGGAAGGUUGCCCAGGUGGGAGCCGACGGCGUGCGGCGGACGGACUGGCACGACUACGAAGCCAUGAGAAGGGACGCUGCUCGCUCAGGGAACGGCGAGCAGGGGAUACCGUUUCCUCUGUCGGAUAGUGACCGGGUGGACCAGGCCUACAGGGAGAACGGCUUCAACAUCUACAUCAGCAACCAGAUCUCCCUCAACCGCUCCGUCCCCGACAUCCGACACGCAAACUGUAAGCGGAAGCUGUACGCGGAGAAGCUGCCCAACACCAGCGUCAUCAUCCCGUUCCACAACGAGGGCUGGUCCUCGCUGCUGAGGACCGUCCACAGCGUCCUCAACCGCUCGCCGCCGCAACUCAUCGCCGAGGUCAUCCUGGUCGACGACUUCAGCGACAAAGAGCACCUGAAGGGGGCCCUGGAGGAGUACAUGACGCGGAUGCCCAAGGUCCGCAUCCUGAGGACCAAGAAGAGGGAGGGGCUCAUCAGGACCCGGCUGCUGGGGGCCUCCUCGGCCAAAGGGGAGGUCAUCACCUUCCUGGACUCCCACUGCGAGGCCAACGCCAACUGGCUGCCGCCGCUGAUGGACCGGAUCGCCCAGAACCGCAGGACCAUCGUGUGUCCGAUGAUCGACGUGAUCGACCACGACAACUUCGGCUACGACACGCAGGCGGGGGACGCCAUGCGGGGGGCGUUCGACUGGGAGAUGUACUACAAGCGGAUCCCCAUCCCUCCGGAGCUGCAGAGCGACGACCCCAGCGAGCCCUUCCAGUCCCCCGUGAUGGCAGGUGGACUUUUUGCUAUAGACAGGAAGUGGUUCUGGGAGCUGGGAGGAUACGACACGGGUCUAGAGAUCUGGGGAGGAGAACAGUACGAGAUCUCCUUCAAGGUGUGGAUGUGCGGUGGUCGAAUGGAGGACAUCCCCUGCUCCCGGGUAGGACACAUCUACAGGAAGUACGUCCCCUACAAGGUCCCCGGUGGGAUCAGCUUGGCCAAGAACCUCAAACGCGUGGCGGAGGUGUGGAUGGACGAGUACGGGGAAUAUGUGUACCAGCGCCGGCCCGAGUACCGCCACCUGUCGGCCGGCGACAUGACGGCCCAGAAGGAGCUGAGGAACCGGCUCAACUGCCGGAGCUUCAAGUGGUUCAUGAGCGAGGUGGCCUGGGAUCUGCCCAAGCACUACCCGAUGGUGGAGCCCCCCGCCGCCGCCUGGGGAGAGAUCCGGAACGCGGGCAGCGGCAUGUGCAUGGAGAUCAAGCACUUUGUGUCGGGGAGCCCCAUCCGCCUGGAGAGCUGCGUGAAAGGCCGGGGCGAGGUGGCCUGGAGUCACGGACAGGUGCUGACGUUCGGGUGGAGGGAGGACAUCCGGGUGGGCGACCCCAUCCACACCAGGAAGGUCUGCUUCGACGCCGUGUCCCACAACAGCCCCGUCACGCUGUACGACUGCCACGGCAUGAGGGGCAACCAGCUGUGGCGCUACAGAGAGGACAAGAGCCUGUAUCACCCCGUCAGCAACAGCUGCAUCGACUGCAGCCCCAGCGAGCGCCGCGUCUUCAUGAGCGCCUGCGACCCCUCGUCCCCCGGCCAGCAGUGGCUGUUCGAGAGGACCAACGCCACCGUGCUGGAGCUCUUCAACCGGGGCGCCUCCAGCGGGGGCCCCGGGACGCUGAGGUGAGGCGUCCGCGGGAGACCAAGAACCGCGAAGCGACGCUCCCAUCCGAUCAGAUAUUAAUGGAGGCCAGGCGCGGAUGACGCGCUGCUACAGCCGCGUCGCCCCGGGGGCGGAGCGGAGAUCCGACUGGGCGCGGGCGGCAAGGAGGUCGAUCGAUCACGCCGCGCGAGCCAGUGAUGAGGAUGGAGGUGGGAGGACCACGGGGGAAACCUGAUCGUCCCCGUGGUCGCCACACGGAGCUCUCGCCGACCGAAGCCCGGACCUUUUUGUGAUGUCCCCCGACUGAAACACAAACUGAUGGAUCGUCUAUUCGUCCGCCUCGUCCUUUUUAACAGUUGCCUUAAUUCCAGAAGUGGGAAAUUUCUUCUCCUUUCCUUUCCUCCGGCGGAUCAAAACCUCUGCAAACUCUUCAGGAAAUCAGAACAAGUUGAAACUAUUAUUCCUGCAGUGUGCAGAUGAACUGCAAGGCUCUCUUUUCCUCUCUCGUACACACUCAGAUAUUUAAGGUGCAACUGUUUUUUUUUUUUUUUACUGCGCAAUCAUCCAAGAAAUGGUGUCAAUUUCUACUACUUCUCCAAUUUAAAUCCUUUUAUAUUUUUGUGCCGUCUGACAAAUGACUGCAGCAACUGCUUCUCCUCGCUUUGCCGCCACGGUUCGCUCUCCCUGCUCUGGGUUCAUUUGCCGUGUGAUCCGAGCUCAGCGAGGAGAGGCCCGGCUACAACCCGAUGGCUGAUUGGGACCCGGAGGAGUUCGAGGACCACGCGCCACAGCUACUGAAAAGAAAGGGAGACCACCCCAGAACGUUGUGGUUGUUCAGAAAUGUUUUCUAAAAGCUCACCAUGUCCAGAAGGACGAGAUUUCCAGGUUUGGGUCUCCGUCGGUGGUCAGAACAGCUCUGACCAAUCACGGAUAUUUUGUUGGCUUUCAUAGUCAUGUGCAGAUAUUUGGAAAGUCUCAGCAAAAUGAUUUGACCUCUCGGGUCCUCGACUCAGCUCCUGUAAACGAGCCAAAACGUCAAGAUGCAUUUCUGAUGAAACUCAUCAUCAUCCUUCA